AUGUCUGACGACGAUGACUUCAUGCAAGAUUCUGAUCAGGAACAAUACGAUUUUGAAUAUGAGGAUGAGGACGAAGAGGAAGAUGGCGGAGACGUCGAUAUCGAAAACAAAUACUACAAUGCCAAGCAAAUGAAGGUCGACUACCCGGAAGAAGCAAUCGAUGAAUUCUUAGGCGUUCCAACGUUGGAGCCAGAGAAGGGAGACUGGGGCUUCAAAGGACUGAAGCAGGCCAUAAAGCUUGAAUUCAAGCUCCGUCGGUAUCAACAGGCCAUUGAGCAUUAUCGAGAAUUGCUCACAUACGUCAAAUCUGCUGUUACUCGCAACGACUCCGAAAAGUCUAUCAAUAACAUGCUCGAUUUCAUCGAAAAGGCGUCCGAAGAUGAGGGAGCUUACCAGUGCAUGGAGGAAUUCUAUUCACAAACGCUAGCCUCCUUUCAAAGCACAAAUAACGAGCGGCUCUGGCUGAAGACAAAUAUUAAGCUGGCGAGGCUUUGGUUAGAUCGCAAAGACUACGUACAGUUGUCGAAGAAAUUGCGCGAGUUGCACAAGGCCUGUCAAAGAGAUGAUGGAACAGAUGAUCCAAGCAAGGGAACAUACUCUCUUGAGGUCUAUGCCUUGGAAAUCCAAAUGUAUGCGGAAACUAAGAAUAAUAAACGACUCAAGGCUCUUUAUCAGCGCGCUCUCAAGGUGCGAUCGGCCGUUCCGCACCCGAAGAUUAUGGGGAUUAUCCGCGAAUGUGGUGGGAAGAUGCAUAUGAGUGAAGAGAAUUGGAAGGAAGCGCAGAGCGAUUUUUUCGAUUCCUUCCGAAACUACGACGAAGCUGGGUCAUUACAAAGAAUUCAAGUGCUCAAGUACCUGGUCUUGACUACCAUGUUGGUCAAAUCCGACAUCAACCCCUUCGAUUCGCAGGAGACGAAACCCUACAAAAAUGAUCCGCGGAUCGCCGCUAUGACCGAUCUUGUCGACGCGUAUCAGCGAGACGACAUUCACCGAUACGAAUCGAUCCUUCAACACAACCAGGAUGUUUUGAAUGAUCCAUUUAUUGCUGAGAAUAUCGACGAAGUCACGCGGAACAUGAGAACCAAGGCCGUGCUCAAAUUGAUCGCCCCGUAUACCCGGUUCACCCUUGCUUUUGUGGCCAAGCAGUUGAGGAUAUCGGUUCCAGAAGUACAGGACAUCAUCGGGUUUCUAAUCGUGGACAAGAAGCUCCAGGCCAAAGUCAAUCAAGAGAAUGGGACUGUUGAGGUGGAGGUCAAUAGCGAUCUCGGUCGCACCCAAGCUAUGCGCGAAUGGAGCUCGGCCAUUGGUUCGCUUUUGAACACCAUUCUGAAUGAGGGCGAAGGUUUCCACUCAGAGGAGUCGCCGUUUGCUGGCGUCGGCCACUCAUCUGGCAUUGGGGAAGCUGCGGGAUCACUGCACGCAUCCAAAUUCACGGGCGGUCCAGGCAGGCCGAAGGGCGGCUUCAAGGCUCGGGGCCUCAUGGCGGCGAGGCCGCCGGCGCCCGGUGUUAAAUGA